AUGAACAUAAAGCCAGUAUACAACGAGCGAGAUGUGCGUCGACUACGGGAAUUGUUCCAUGCCUGUGAGACAAACUGCCGAGGUCUGAAAACCCUGGGAGUGGACGAAAGUUCGUAUGCUACGAUUGUUGUUCCGGAAAUACUCGACAAGCUGCCGGAAUCCCUUCGUUUGACGAUAACUCGUGGGUCAAGUGCAGGUGGAUCAGAUUUUCUAAAUUGGACGAUGAAGGAUAUUCUAAAGGCACUUUUAGAUGAAAUUGAAUUACGCGAAGCACACGAAUCAUCUACGACGAACACGUCAAAACAAGAAGGAAGGAAAUCACAGUUUCUAGAUGGAUCGGCGGCUGCUCUUGUGAAUCAUACCACCAGGGAAGGGAAGCCAAUAUGCGUAUAUUGUUUACAAGAACAUUUAUCACAAGAUUGUAAGAAAAUUCAGAAUGCUGCUGAGCGUAAACAGAUACUUCGUCGUUCAUUCCACACAUUCGUGCGUUGGGUCAGCAAAUAG